CUUAAAUCUUCUAUUAAAGUUGCAUGUCAGUUUUUUGUCUUAAAUUUGUUACACAAACGUUGACACGUCGGUGCUGUUUAUAUGACAGAUGUGGAGCAGACUGCUCAGCCCUUCUCUGAUUUGUAGAACACAUUCUUGGAGGAGUCUUUUCACAAUGCGGCUGAAGACCGAUCAGUUCCAGGCGCUGUUCACUGAUGGACUGAACGGACUAGCAGAGGUCUUUGAGAAGCACCAGCAUGAGCUGCGGAUAGCUGGAGGUGCAGUGCGGGACCUGCUAUCUGGGAAGCGUCCUGAAGAUGUGGACUUUGCCACCACAGCCACUCCGGAGGAGAUGAAGCACAUGUUCCAGAGCGCUGGGAUCAGGAUGAUCAACAACAAAGGAGAGAAACACGGGACCAUUACAGCAAGACUACACAAUGAGAACUUCGAGGUGACCACAUUGCGGGUGGACGUUCAGACAGACGGACGGCAUGCGGAGGUGGAGUUCACCACUGACUGGCAGAAAGACUCCGAGCGGAGAGACCUCACCAUCAACUCCAUGUUUCUGGGGCUCGAUGGCACAUUAUACGACUAUUUUAAAGGAUACGAGGACCUGCAGAACCACAGAGUUCGGUUUGUUGGCAGUGCGGAGCAAAGGAUCCAAGAGGACUACCUGAGAAUACUGAGAUAUUUCAGGUUUUACGGCAGAAUUGCUUUAAAACCUGACGACCACGAGCCUGAGACGCUAACCGCCAUCAGGGAGAACGGCCGUGGACUGGCGGCGAUCUCAGGAGAAAGAAUCUGGAUGGAGCUGAAGAAGAUGGUGGUCGGUAGCCACGCCGCGCAUCUUCUGCUGGAGCUGGUCUAUAAUCUGGAGCUGGCUCAGUACAUCGGUUUGCCUCCAGAUGGCGAUGUUGAUGAGAUGAAGCAAGUGUGGCAGAACGCCAAAGACCUUUCUCCCAAACCCAUGACCAUCCUGGCUGCGCUCUUCCACUGCCCGGAGGAGGUCGAGAAGAUGGACCUCCGACUGAAGGUGUCCCGAGAAGAGAAGAAUCUGGCUUUGUUCCUGGUCAGACACAGACGGGAGCUCCACAAGAGCAGAGACGAGCCGGACAGCCUCAAACCUUUCACAGACUUUAUUAUUGAUAGCCGGGAGCUGGACUCUCAGAGUAAAGUGUGUGAGCUGUUGAAGUACCAAGGUGAGGAGAAGCUGCUCUCAGAGCUCUGCAGAUGGUCCAUGCCUCGUUUCCCAAUCAGCGGGCAUGAUCUAAGGAAGGUGGGCAUCGCCUCAGGGAAGGAGAUCGGAGCCACCCUGCAGAAGCUCCGCAACAUCUGGAAGAAAAGUCACUACCAAAUGGACAAAGAUGAGCUUCUUAGUCACGUAAAGCCUUAAAUGAACGGUGACGCCACAUGAACUCAGUCACUGGUUCCUCUUUGCUUGUGUUGGUAACGAUCAGCUCCCAGGCACUGAACACACAUGAAGGAAGGAAAGGACACCACAGAAGGGGGGCGUCGGAGACUUUAAGCCACUUCUGUUCAUUUGCAUUUCCUUUUAAAUGUGAAGCAUUUGCAGCGACCGUUUGUCUGUGUCGCAGCUUCCAGCAAUUGAACGUGUCACAGAUUUCAGUACGUUUUAUUACCGAGCUGUGCAGCGUGUGGAAAUGCGCCUAUAAAAGAGCUGAUCCUGAGUGUCCGGAAUAUUCUUUCAUCUCACCAGAGAAGAUGAAAGUGUCAUUAGUCAUUUUCAUGUUUAAUAAAUAUCAGAAAGCAGAGUUCAGGUGUCUCCUCAUCUGCAGUUAUUUGUCUGUAAAUUAAAGCUGAGACUUUAUGAAAAUGAA